CACUUGUCUGUUUGCCAAAAAAACACACUGAGGCUGCAAACAUGGGCAAGAUCAUCUUCUACGAGGACAGGGACUUCCGGGGUCGCCACUACGAGUGCACCAGCGACUGCACCGACCUGCAGGCCAUGUUCGACCGCUGCCGCUCCAUCCGCGUGGAGAGCGGCAUGUUCAUGAUCUACGACCGCCCGGGUUACCUGGGUAACCAGUGCUUCAUGAGAAGGGGCGACAACCCCGACUACAUGGGCAGCACCUGCAUGAACGACUGCGUGCGCUCCUGCCGCCUCAUCCCCAUGCACCGCGGCUCCUUCAGGAUGAGGCUGUACGAGCACUUCGACAUGGACGGUCAGAUGAUGGAGCUGACCGACGACUGUCCCAACCUCAGCGAGCGCUUCCGCGUGUCCAACUGCAACUCGUGCGACGUGUCCGACGGCCAUUGGCUCCUGUACGAGCAGCCCAACUACAGGGGGCGCCACUUCUACCUGCGGCCCGGCAACUACAGGAGCUUCAACGAGUGGAGUGGCACCACCUCCAGGGUGGGCUCCGUCAAGCGCCUCAUGGACCUCUAAGGAAGACCGAGAUCCUUGUCAAAUGUUUGCUCUUUGCACUUUCUCACACGCUGAAUAAAAUGGCGUCCGUGCUUGAA